AUGGCCGACAAAUACGAGGACGGAGAAGUGAUGGUGCGGCGCGCCACAAGAGACGAUAUGAAGGCUGUCGCUGAAAUGAUACAGGAACUCGCGGACCUGGAGGAAAUGUCAGACGGACCGAAACUGAGUGUACAGGACUUACAGAGAGAUGGGUUCGAUCUACAGCCGCCAGCGUUCUUGUGUCUGGUGGCGGAAGUUAACAAGGACGGAGCUCCUCUGGUCGCCGGCUAUGCUUUAUAUUUCCCUGUUUAUUCAACCUGGAUGGGUCGGACCAUGAUGUUAGAGGACCUGUAUGUGCGGGCCAGCGAGCGGCGACGGGGGCUCGGACAUAGACUGUUUAAUGCAGUUGCUAGAGAAGCCCACCUGAUGGGUUCACCGAGACUCGACUUUCAUGUUCUGGAGUGGAAUAAAAAUGCUAGAGAUUUCUAUGACUUGAAAGGAGCCAUCAACAUAACACAAACUGAGAAGUGGUGUUACUACCGACUCAGCGGUGACGCUUUGGAGAAGGUCGCUCUCACUGCUAAAUCAUGA